AUGGGUAAAAGUGGGGGAGGAAAAACAUCGAUGCGUUCAAUUAUUUUUGCUAAUUAUAGUGCAAAAGAUACUCGACGUCUUGGUGCUACAAUGGACGUUGAACAAUCCUAUGUUCGUUUUCUCGGUAAUCUUAUAUUAAAUUUAUGGGAUUGUGGUGGUCAAGAAGCAUUUAUGGAAUGUUAUUUUGCUGCACAAAAAGAUAAUAUAUUUAAAAAUGUCGAAGUACUUAUUUAUGUAUUUGAUGUUCAAAGUCAAGAAUUGGACAAAGAUUUACACUAUUAUCAAUCAUGCCUUGAAUCAAUUUUACAACAUUCAAGUCAGGCAAAAAUUUUUUGUCUUAUACAUAAAAUGGAUCUAGUACCAGAAGAUAUGCGAGAUAGUCUUUUUCUUGAACGACAAAGUAUUUUAACUAAUGUUUCUAAACCAUUACAAUGCUCAUGUUUUCGCACAUCAAUUUGGGAUGAAACACUUUAUAAAGCUUGGUCACAAAUUGUUUAUCAAUUAGUACCAAAUGUAAAAGGAUUAGAAAAAACGUUAACUAAUUUUGCAGACAUUAUUGACGCUGAUGAAAUUCUUCUUUUUGAAAAAGCAACUUUUUUAGUCAUUUCACAUUGUACACGUAAGCCUCAUAGAGAUGCACGAAGAUUUGAAAAGAUAAGUGAUAUUAUUAAACAAUUCAAAUUAUCAUGCAGUAAAUUAACUGCAGCGUUUCAAUCAAUGGAAGUACGAAAUUCAACAUUUGCUUGUUUUAUUGAAUUAUUAACACCAAAUACUUAUGUUAUGGUUGUAAUUAGUGAUCCAUCUAUCUCAUCGGAAGUGACAUUAAUGAAUAUUCGGAAUGCUCGAAAAGUAUUUGAAAAACUUGAAAAAGACGUUUCUCGAAAUUAA